GCAAUAUACGUGCAUUAUGGGUCCCCUGUAUUUCAAGCCAUGGAGGAGAACUGAUAGGAAGAGCUUUGUGGAGACUGAAAAAUUCCUGAUUGAAGAAAUACGGUCACACAAAAAGCGCCAACUAAAAUUAUGCCUUGUUGGCCAUACAGAAGCCGGGAAGUCGUCCUUCAUAAACUCGGUAUUUUCCGUUUCAAGAGGAAAAACAGCUGACAUGAAAAACGUUAAAAUAGAUACAGUGGACAGCAUCGGAACACAUAGGUUUUUGCUCCUUAAGACGAGAAGGGACCUUUUCGCUCAUACCAAAAUCUACGAUACCCUGGGAUUGACCGGAAACGCAAACGAUAAAGAUUACGGCCUCGCGGCAAUUGAACUCCCGCGAAUUUGCGAAGGACAUGUGCAGCCGGGACAUUUAUUUCACAUGGACUCAUCCACCGAUGCUGAUGAACAUUACUGUGUCGUUUUCGUUAUCAGUGCUAAUGUGCUCGAUGGAAUACAUGGAUCGGAACCUUCAAUUCUCUGCAACAAGAUUCUUCAUUUACAUAAAGCAGUUCCUGAUGAUGUUUCUCGAAUAAUCGUCAUUACAAAAUGUGACGAGGUGUGUAUGAAGACCAAGGAACUUAUUGAAAACAUAUAUUACAGCAAGAAGAUUCACCAGUUGGUUAAAAAGGCAGUCCGUGUGUUUGGAAUACCACAAUGUAGAGUUUUUCCAGUUGUAAACUACGUGGACCAGACGAAAAUUGACCACAAGUUGAAUGUGCCAAUUCUGUAUGCUUUACUUAAUGCAUUGGAUUUUUAGAUUGGACGACAGGUAGGAGAAUAAAGAGAAAUAACACAGAAUAAACACAAACAUACAGUUCAUGACUUGAACAAAACGCAAAAGAAACCAGACUCUGUGAAGAACGUAGUUAGAUGUUUAUUAAACUGUUAUACAUGCAUUUUGAUAUAACUGCCUGCACACUUACAAGUGGUAUGCCUUUUAAUUAUUACACUUGUUCGCUUACUUUUGUUUGACUCAAGAGUUAUCAUUUCAGCUCGUUCUAGGUUCAGAUGAAAACAAAACCUAAUAUUGGGAAAGCGUUCUAUAACAAAAUACGUUACUUCAUACCCUCAUCAUUCUCUUGCAUUAAGUGUUUAUUUUGGUACUUUUUGUGGGACAAAAACAGCUUAUACUGCCAAUGCGUUGCCUAUCAAUUUUGACCGCAUUCAAUGCUCAAACAAAUGGUCAUUUUUAACCUUUAGAAUCGACUCCAACAACAUUUGAACAUCACACUUUGAUCAAAACAGUCGUUGAAAACUAAAAAGGUGUUAAAGUUUGAGAGAGUGUAUUAGGAACAAAAUUACGUUGCCCUGUUGAAUCUGCUGAGAAUAUAUUUAGUCUAGCAAAAAGCAAUGUAUUUCCAUGUUGUAAGCUAAAACUAGCAAGUGGAUGUCAACGCGCGUCUAUUUCAUUUCAUCGAAAGGUGCAUAUCUCAUUUCAUCCAGAGCUAUCGGCCUAGGUACACGUAUGCUUUUUGUAGCUUGCAGAAUUCUUUCUAAAUGUUUAUAUCUUUCAAGUGUUUCGAGCUAUGCUGACGCAGACGACGACGCCUUCAUAAGUGGCGUUAAUUGAACGCAUGAUAGACGUUUUCUCAGAUGAAAAUUUGUGAUAAAAAUUAGCGACAGUUAUUGUUAUUGAGCGUCUUAUUGACCAGUUUCGUAUUUCAAAACAUAAGUAAUAAUGUUAUAAAUAAUCAAAAUAAUCAUAAUUGUUUGACUGAGACCAACUGCUAUAUAUUAACAUUUGAAUGGAAAUAAGAGAGAGAGAGAGAGAGAGAGAGAGAGAGAGAGAGAGAGAGAAAGUGAGAGAGAGAGAGAGUUGCCGUUGUACCUUACGUACGUGCGUCUUUCUUUUUUGACGCCAUAAGAGUCAAACAGUUUCUUAAAAGCGUUCACUUGGACAUAUUAAGAAUGAACUUGGAUUUAACUUGUUGUAAAAAAAAAAAUAAACACCUAAACUAACACUUCCUUGAAUGAACUUCUCUUCAACAAUUACGUGUUAUGGCCUAUUGAAAUUUCAAUUGAUUAUCAAGUGGUUCCUGAUGUUAAGUAAAUAGUUGAUCACAGUACAUAUAGCAAUGCAAUAAACCAUUUGUCGUGUUUGUUAGUUUAGAGAUUAACGUAGUGAUGCAUUGUAUUUUACAAUAUUUUGAAGAUGCUGAGUUAUGUUAAAAAACACCAAACAAUACUGCAAAGUUUGUUUGUGCAAGAAGUAAAAUCCAUGUGACAUUAUAUUUGUGCACAUUUAUCAUAUGCUAUGUGAUAUAUGAUAUGGAUUAAAGAAGAUUAAAUGAAUACAACAUUGAUUGAACAUCCAACAAUAGUUACAGAAAUAAGCUUUUGACUAACAUUGUGUAUAGUUACAGAACUCUCUGUGUCCGUAAUGGCUGAUUUGAUCUUGAACCAUCCAAACACAUUGUUUACUUAAUAUAUAACAAUAACUAAAUAGUCAAAAAAUGUAAAUAUUUCUUUGUACCCAUUCAGUUAAUAUACAUGUUUCUUUAUAAGAAUUGCUUUUAGCUUGAAUGUGAGGAAUCUUGAUAGAUCAUAUAUAUUAUAUAACUCUGGAGUCUGUUUCAUGGGUAGAAACAAGAACUGACGUCUAUUUUGAGAGGCCAUGAGGAACUACCCUUAAAGGGAAUGUAACCCACAGCCUCAUGGGUGAGUAGCGGACUCCAUAAAAUCACCCUCACCCUUAUUUGUUAUUAUUUGUUUAAUGUCGACAAUGUUAUAUAAACACAUGAAGGUGGUUUUAAAGGCUUAAAGAAAUAUUUAUGCCUGUCAAUUUUUUUACAGAAUAUAUGGUCUGAGCAUUGUAUCGAAAUGAUUAUCUUUAUGAUCAGUUUUAAGUCAGA